UAGCACAACCAGUAGUUCCGUAGUCUUUACAUCAGCGAAUGCUGUUCAUGAUGCUGGUCGACGAGGUGCACCAGGUACACAUGAUGGUCGCGAGAUGAUAAGGUCAACAUUUAUAGUGUCCAUCUUUCUCGGCAUCUCGAUCCCCUUGUUUUGCCUUGUAUUAUUCCUAUGAAAUGAUACAAGGGUAGUAAAGCUAAAGGGGUCAAGAUGAGGGGGCGGAGAUGAUGCAAUCUAGCAGACUCUAACUCAACAACAAGCAUCGUCCGCUUUGAAUGUGGUGGUUGAGCCGGAAGAAGAUCCUAACAGGAGCUCAAGCAGCACAACGUCACCGCCACCCUGUACUUGUGUUACAGUGGAUCAAGUUGCCAGAAUAGCACUCAACUACCUCCUUCAUGAAAAAGGCUUUGUGGAAGAAGAUGUCAUCUUGUUUGGGCGUAGUAUAGGGACUGGACCAGCCUCACGACUCGCUGGUCGGAGCAAGAAAGCGUUUCAUGCGGUAUCAUUUUAGGAGUCUGGAGUCACAUUUAUAAAUAAAUAUUUUCUAUGGUAGCUUUAUGUUUAUAUGUAUGGACCAGAACUGGGAGGGUACCGGUACUAGAAGGGGUGGGAAAAUAAGUGUUUCGACAAAAAAGGUAGAAUUAUCGAUAAAAAAGGUAGAAGUAGAAGAAACGCAAAAGGUAGAAAUCGAGAAAAGUAGGAGCCUUAGAGAACCAAAAAAGGUGGAAAAAAGGUAGAAAAAGACGCAAAAGUGGCUUGGCAGGAGGUCGCAGCAAAAGGACGAAGGGCAACUUCUACAGAAAGAAAGGCUUGUCCAUCUUACUUGCAUAUACACGCACACUGGGGGGGGCGGGGGGAUCGCAAAGGGAGGGGGCGCGCCGCUAAGCUCCUGCUNUCAUCUCCUGUUGAGACAGUAGUUUUUCAUCUCCCUCCAUAGACAGUAGUUUUUCAUCUCCCUCCAUAGACAGUAGUUUUUCAUCUCCUGUUGAGACAGGAGUUUUUCAUCUCCCUCCAUAGACAGUAGUUUUUCAUCUCCUGUUGAGACAGUAGUUUUUCAUCUCCCUCCAUAGACAGUAGUUUUUCAUCUCCCUCCAUAGACAGUAGUUUUUCAUCUCCUGUGGUCAUCUUGGUCUCUUCAGUCGACAGAUGAAAGCACACGAAGAUGAAAGGUAGCUGGCUAGUUAUCCCUUGACCUUGAUGUCUGCGGCUAUUUCCUUCGACCAAAGUACUGCGUUGCGCAUCCUGUCUCUAAAGAAACACGGAUCAGCCGGAGCAGAUGUGUCGGGUCGUGUUUGAUCGUGUCAAUGGACCUGGGGUUGUGUACCCUGUAGACAUUCCCGACCCCAAGCAUAACUGGAUGUGGGUCCCGAGAGAGGGAGAGUCGCUCAAGUGGCGCGUAACCGGUUGGACGGACAUGCGGCAGUUUGAAUGUACUAUGGAUGAAUAAUUGAUUCUAGUACGUUUCUAUGUCGUAUUCGUAUUCAAGAUUUGUAUUUUUUUACACAAAUCCUGCAGCACUGUCGAACGCCGACGGGGCGUCCUCUGUGACCGGUGUUGUGGUGAAUUCGCCCGAAACACCCUUUGCCGCGAAGCUUCGCGAAGGCGAUGUACUGUUCACACGUGAACCAAGCAAAAGUGUAUGGAUUGUUCUGUAAUAUGGAUGACUAGGUAAAGGUAGUACUACGUGGAUCACACUGAGCCUGCUUAAUCUGUUAUGCAGGUCAAGUAUGUUAUGUUAGUAGCCUGAAUAGACAUAAUUUGAUAUAAACAUGAAGGUAUAGUAGAAGUACUAGAUGCACUGUUCACGGGUGAUGAAAAGGCGAUGUACUGUUCACGCGUGAACCAAUUGUAUGGACUGUUCUCUAGUAGACUGUUCUGUGUGCCCUCCCAGAUGCCCUCCCAGUAGUACAUAAGAGAAGGAACUAGUAAAGUCGGGUGAGUGUCCCCUUUAUUUUGCUACUAGUACGAAUGUUAUCUAUGUAGUCAUUCACGCGUGAACCAAAGGAAACUGGAUGGAUUACAAUCUUCAAGUUAAAUUUAGGAUAGAGUUAUCGGCUGUACAGGAGUGAAUCUACUCAUAUUUUCUGUGGAGGCAUUGGAAUAAGUAUCAGGUUAGUUUUCCCUCUAUCCUUAGGCUUAUCCCGUCAUGCAAUAAGUGCCAGGACUGUGUUGAGAAUGAAAAUGUGUCUAAUUUUUGCUGGAUGUUGGGGACUGGCGAUUGAGAAGAACGACCAGGGAAAUUUGGUGGGAAAGCAGUGCUGGGUCAAUUAAGGCUAUACUGGUGUAAGAAUGCACUUUUUUCCUACCAAGAACUGAACUCAGUUCUUGGUCACGUCUUUUUUAUCUCGUCUUACAGUAAUUAUUCUUGAAGUUAAUUUCGGCACACUGUUUUUGUAAAAGACACGAUACCAAGAAAAAAUGUAUCCCUUUCCGCUGCUCGUACAAGACGGAAAAAUGUAUUAUGGAUGGACCAGAACUGGGAGGGGGGGAUCGCAAAAGGAGGAAGCGCGCCGCAAAGCUCCUGCUGCGGGGGGGGGCGGGGGGAUCGCAAAUGGAGGAAGCGCGCCGCGAAGCUCCUGCUGCCUGGCAGUUGCCCGCGCGCCUGCCUCUGGCGGGUGCGAGGUACUGCGGCAAGAGCGGGAGAACAUAGAGAAACGGAAGGCGCAGCAAGAUGCGCCAAGCCUGAGGGACCGGCCGCAGCUUGGUGGCAAUCCUGCCAGGACACUGCGCGGCCAAGCGCGCGCGGCUCCCCAACGGGACCGGGCGCGCAUUGCACAGGCCACCGGGACGCUGCGUUGGCAGUGGGGUGGAAGGAGCAGCCUACAAGAAGGGCCAAGGCCAGGCCCCCUAUUUUCCGGGCCCCUUCUGAUACCGCGGCCCCAGUUUUUCCCGGGGCCAUGUUGGCCCCAGUAUUUCCGGGGACCCCGCCAGAACUAUAAGGAACCCCGCGGGAAAAUAAGGACCCGGGAUUUUUGCGGCCCCGGUCCGAUUAAAGGGGGAAAAGCACCGGGGCCCUUAUAAUACAGGGGGCCCAGUUUUUCCGGUCCAUGUAUUUUCCUUUUCUUAUUCAUUAUUUAAAUACCUUCGAGAACGAAUUCAUUCCUGCAUCUAGAUGUGAAGCCUGGAUAUAAGAUCUGGAGUACUUCAACCCCCUGCAUUCCAUGUGGCCCAGGUAAUCCUUCAAUCGCCGUACUGCUCCAUUGAGUCUAUAGCGGCGGAAUUUCCCUUUGGAAAUCUGAUAUCCUUCGAUUCUACGCACUGGGAUAACGCAGCUGAACUAGAAAAAGCCUUGAGGAUUGGGAGACCUCCCACUGUUGAAGGGGUAGAAGUAGUUUUACCUAGUAACGAAAUUUUAGGAGCACAUGCAGGACAAGGUAAUGGGAAUGCUAAUACUAGUGCUGGCGCAAAUGCAGAACAAGGUAAUGGGAAUUCUAAUGGAAGUGGUAGUGCAAAUGCAGAACAAGGUAAUGGGAAUGCUAAUGGUAGUGGUAGUGCAAAUGCAGAACACGGUAAUGGGAAUUCUAAUGGAAGUGGAAGUGGCACGAAUCACGGUGUUUCUCGACUACAACUAGGGCAAGGAGGUAGUGAAGUCACGAGAGGAAACUCGACGCCACCAGUUGUUUUAGGCUCUAUUGCGAGUGGCGGAAGUAGUGGCUCCACCAGAAGGCGAGCGGAUGCGACACUAGGAAAGACUGUGGUAUGCUUGAUUCAUGGACGCGACGACUCAGUCAUUCCAGUCCCUGAAUUUAUGAUAUCAAGAGGGGACUAUGACUCUGACUAAGACUAGUAAAGUCUAAAGUUGUCUAAGAGUAAGACAAAAAGAAAGCAUAGAGACUAGAAGUACUUGAAUACAAGAACGCUAAGGCUAAAGAAGUUACUCACAGGAACAGCACCACACUUCCAGAAGCACGUCACCCACAAAUUGCAGAAUUCAGAGAGCUUUAGCUUAUACUUCCUCUAAUCCCCGCAGCAAACUGUAUACCCAUUUACGCAAGCUUGCUCCUGAAUGCGUUUCCUGCAAGGUUCUGGAUGAGAAGAACCACAACGACCUCGAAUGGAGCAUGGAUGUGCAACCAAUGGUAGAACGGUUUUUGAGACGGAAGCGGCCUUUGAUUAUGGAACAGGAAUGAAUUGUUCUGGUGGUGUGAAGAUGUGAGUUGUUAUUCGUUGUCGUUCAAUUUGAACAAGUGACAGGGAUACAUCAUCUGAGCCCCAACUACGAUUCACUGAUGUUGGAAGGAAGACAAACCACAAGAGACUCUAAUCUAGACUACGAAAAAAUUCGGUCUUUUUCCUCCUGUUCUAUGGGACCUCGAAUAUCCAGUGAUGGGAGCAGAAGACUGUCCUCAACAAUCACGUCUGGUAGUAGAGGUGCUAGGCAUUCAUAUCUGGGACCACAUGGAGGAGGUCAUGGUCUUCGCAGCGGACUUCUCGACAACGACUAUGGAGGAGGAAGAGCUUCAUCGAGUAGAAGUAAAGAGGGAGGUACUGAUGCAGAUGAGAACUACCAUGACUCGACUUCCCCGAAGAAGUUUUUGAAUUACCGCCUUCCAGGAAAAGUAAAACGUACGUCGUCAUCCGUAAACAGUGUGGAAGCUUUGGAUUAUGGGCAUUUAUAUAUUGAGAAUGUUAAAACAAAAACAGAUGAAACUCAAACUGCUGAACCUGAAGCUGAAUUCUAUAUUAUUUUCAUGUCAAGAAGAAGAUUAUCAUUAAAUGACCGUCAAUCUCCCCUUUUUUUCUGAUAGUAAAUGAUGGCUUGCGCUGCUGCUCAGGUAUGUUACAUCUAGGUGGCUAAUAUCUCACUUCUAGCACUGUUCUCUCCGCUGCAAAGCUUAUUUUCAUGUGCAGCUUUCAACUCUGGAUCUAGCAGAGCUGAAAAGUUUGGUUGAAUGCAUUAUCUACUUCUCUUGUUUUUCAACUACUGUGUCUACGACAAAUCUUGUUCAACAGCCAGACUACAAACCUCAGAACCGACUGAGUACAUCUUUCUAAUCACCAGAAAGUCUAGGUGGAGCGUCCUUUAUAUUCACCGCGUCGCCGCCAAUGGGGCUGCAGAGGCCCUUAUCCUCCGCUUCCCCACUUCGACCUAGCUUAGGCGACGCAGGUCCGCCAGUUUCUGAGCCCAGGAGAGCAAGUCUGCCUAGUAGCAGUGGGUUUUCGACAGUUAGGAAGCAAGACGGUUCUUGCGGUUUGAUACCGACACCAACAUCUCCUGGAGGACCUACUGCACAACUCCACCAACGACCACCACUACAUGAUGUACAUCUUCUACAUCGAGAACUCCUUCAUGAACUAGAAGAUGACCGAGAACAACUUGAAGAUGAAACAUCAAUACUAGAGGUAGGAGUUUUUCAACAUCAACAGCGACACCAUCCGACUGUGGCUCAUGGUGGGGCACUUUCUCCUCUUCAACCGCGUGGGCUCAUUCCUGAGCUUCACGAAGUCGAAGAACAUGAUGAGGGAGUUGAGGAAGAGCAGACUGCUGGAACUGCUAGGGGAAUAAAUGCAGGCAUGUUACAGUUAUGUGGUCUCUAUCCUAUUCCUAGUAGUUUUACCGCAAGAACAUCUUGAUGGACCAUGUCAGAGUAGGGGGAACGAAUUCGCUUCACUCACGAUGAGUUCGUUUCAUUCAUAAAGAUGUUUCCUUUUACUUUCUGCACGCGCGAGCAGAUACUCAACAUUUUACUUGUUCAAUCCAUAAAUUCGGAAGCUGUACUAGCAUCGAGGUGAGAUGAAGACUAUAAUAUGCACAAGUGCGUCUAAGGCAAUCCAUCCCAGGACAUCUGCAACAAGAGAGUUUAUCCCACAGAAUAUCGAUGAGACGAGCAGACGCAGCAAGGAUGAAUAGCUUCAAUUUCUCUAGUCUCACAUUGCAGGUGGGGUCAGCUGGCGGAGCUGACCGGUCUUCCACAAACAACACCAGUAGUACUAGCACAGCAGCACCAGCAGCUCCAAUGGUCGUUGGAGAAGCUACCAUCGCUACAACUGCUGCUGCACGCAACCAUCAAGUGCUGAGUUCCGACGAACAACUUCUAGCAGAAAGAGUUCAGCCAUCUUCAUUUUCCACAGUCUUGCCUCCAGGUGGUACAGGUAGUACAACUCCUGCAACUACUGAACCUCUCAUCGUCUCUCCGUCACUAGCACGACAACCUCGAGCACCUCGUCGUAGUCCCACACAGUUCGUUCCAUAUUACCAGGGAACAGCUCUACUUCCACCCGCUUCUACGACAAACUCCACUUCUUCUUCUGUUGGUCAGCCUCACCAGCCAAGGUUGCUUUCAUAUUCUCCUGAGCGUCGUAUUGGAAGUAGUGGCAGGGGGACGAGUAUACAGCUUCUACCAGCUACGAACGCAAAUCUAUCGCUGAUGGGAGGAGCAGAAAGCCCUACAAAUAGCACCGCUCCUCCGAUACCUUCCGCGGCGUUGUCGCCUUCGCAAAUGAGAGCAGACACUGGAGGAAGAGGGAGAGACUCGCACGAUCAGCAGUGA